AACCCAUCCCUAAAUUGCAUUUCUGAUUUCUCCCUCUGCUCCGCUUCAUCUCUCUCUCAACUCUCAAGCUGUUGUGCGCGCACCUACCCGCAGCACCACACCGAUCUCUCACCCACUCACCCGCCGCUGCCGUCUACCACUGCACAAAGUUACUCUCCCACGAACCAGUCCUGGCCCAUCCCGCGCCGCACCACCGGACGAGAGAAGACGCGUGUCUUCAAGUUGGUGACACAACGCCGCAAAAGAAGGCUCUACCCAUCUCCUAGAUCUCAGCGCUUUCGGUCUUUGAGGGAUCAAUGGCGUCUGUUAUGGCAGCUAACGGCGGACAAUCUCACGCCCCCGUAACCGGCCGCUUCGCUGCUGUCUACAGCGAGGUUCAGAACAGCCGGAUCGACCAUGCUCUUCCUCUCCCCUCUGUUCUCGGAAAACCCUUCAAGAUGGUCAAUGGCCCUCGCAGCUCCGCCGCCGGCAAUCCAGAUGAGAUAGCGAAGCUCUUUCCAUGCCUGUUUGGGCAACCGCCGGCAAUGUUGGUGCCUGGAGAAUCGAGCGACUUCCCAUCGGGGCAGAUCUUGAAGAUUGGCGUGGUUCUAUCUGGAGGCCAAGCCCCUGGAGGACACAACGUGAUUUCUGGAAUCUUUGAUUACUUGCAGGAUCGUUGUAAAGGAAGCACACUGUAUGGAUUCAGGGGCGGACCGGCUGGAAUCAUGAAGUGCAAAUAUGUUGUUCUUACGUCAGAGUAUAUUUACCCAUACAGAAAUCAGGGCGGGUUUGAUAUGAUUUGCAGUGGCAGAGACAAGAUUGAAACUCCAGAACAGUUUAAGCAAGCUGAAGAAACAACAUUGAAGCUUGAUUUGGAUGGGCUUGUUGUAAUUGGUGGAGAUGACUCAAACACAAAUGCUUGCCUCCUUGCUGAAAACUUUAGGCGUAAAAAUAUGAAAACUCGAGUGAUUGGAUGUCCGAAGACAAUUGAUGGUGACCUAAAAUGCAAAGAAGUUCCAGCGAGUUUUGGAUUUGAUACCGCAUGCAAGGUAUAUGCAGAAAUGAUAGGAAAUGUAAUGAUAGAUGCUCGCUCAACUGGGAAGUAUUAUCAUUUUGUACGGCUAAUGGGGCGUGCUGCUUCACACAUUACGUUGGAGUGUGCUUUACAAACUCAUCCAAAUAUUAGCCUUAUUGGAGAAGAGGUUGCUGCAAACAAGCUGACAUUAAAAAAUGUUACAGACUACAUUGCCAAUGUGAUCUGCCAUCGUGCAGAACUUGGUUAUAACUAUGGUGUGAUACUUAUACCCGAAGGCCUCAUUGAUUUCAUUCCUGAGGUGCAGCAACUCAUUGCAGAACUUAAUGAAAUUUUGGCUCACGACAUUGUAGAUGAAGGUGGUCUUUGGAAAAAGAAACUUAAUGACCAGUCUUUGCAACUUUUUGAAUUUUUACCUCCAGCAAUCCAGGAACAAUUGAUGCUUGAGAGAGAUCCGCACGGCAAUGUGCAGGUUGCCAAAAUUGAAACAGAAAAAAUGCUUAUUCAAAUGGUUGAGACUGAAUUGGAGCAGAGGAAGCAGAGGGGCACAUAUAAAGGCCAGUUCAAAGGGCAGUCCCACUUUUUUGGUUAUGAAGGAAGAUGUGGUUUGCCAUCGAACUUCGAUUCUGCAUAUUGUUAUGCAUUGGGUUAUGCUGCUGGAGCUCUCCUACAUUCUGGGAAAACUGGCUUGAUAUCUUCAGUAGGUAAUUUGGCUGCUCCAGUUGGAGAAUGGACUGUAGGUGGGACUGCACUGACUUCGUUAAUGGAUGUGGAGAGGCGGCAUGGUAAAUUUAAGCCUGUGAUAAAGAAGGCUAUGGUUGAGCUUGACGGUGCACCAUUCAAAAAGUUUGCAUCCAUGAGAGAAGAGUGGGCGCUUAACAACCGAUACAUCAGUCCCGGUCCCAUUCAGUUUUCCGGCCCUGUAGCUGAUACGGUCAACCAUACCCUACUGUUGGAACUCGGGGACACAGCUUAGUUAAAUGUUCCAUCGAUGCGCUUUUGCAUCUCUUGCAGAAAACAACACAUGUUCUGCUUCCUCAAGAGACCACCUUCAAUUGCCAUUGCCUUCUAAAUUUAUUUUCCCUAAUUUUGAAGUUAGUAUUAAAUUGAAUUUAGGUGGAUAAUCAAUUUCCUUUUUUUUUUUUUUUGUGUUUUAUAUUUGGCCUAGGAAUAAGAGGGAUGUUAAUUUGAUUGACUUGGUGUUGGGAGAGGGUCCUAGUUUGAACUGGGUUUCGCUGCAUGGAAUGAAAAAAAUAAUCAGCGUGGUGGUCGUCUUCUGCUUUGGAUUA